UCGGCGCGUCUAGCCGCCACGGCUGCGUGUGCGCAGGAGGCGUCGCUGGCGCAGACUCCGCCGACUCCGGCGGUCUCCGCUGCGCAGACGGGCGCGGGCGCACCACGGUCGCCGCCCGGGUGCGGGAUGGCGGCCAGCCUGUGGAUGGGAGACCUGGAACCAUACAUGGAUGAGAACUUCAUCUCUAGAGCCUUUGCCACCAUGGGGGAGACCGUGAUGAGCGUCAAAAUUAUCCGAAACCGCCUCACUGGAAUCCCAGCUGGCUACUGCUUUGUGGAAUUUGCAGAUUUGGCCACAGCUGAAAAGUGUUUGCAUAAAAUUAAUGGGAAGCCCCUGCCAGGAGCCACACCUGCAAAACGUUUUAAACUGAAUUAUGCCACUUACGGGAAACAACCAGACAAUAGCCCUGAGUACUCCCUCUUUGUCGGGGACCUGACCCCAGACGUGGAUGAUGGCAUGCUGUAUGAGUUCUUUGUCAAAGUCUACCCCUCCUGUCGGGGAGGCAAGGUGGUUUUGGACCAGACAGGCGUGUCUAAGGGCUAUGGUUUUGUGAAAUUCACAGAUGAAUUGGAACAGAAGCGAGCCUUGACGGAGUGCCAGGGAGCAGUGGGACUGGGGUCUAAACCUGUGCGGCUGAGUGUGGCCAUCCCUAAAGCGAGCCGUGUAAAGCCAGUUGAGUACAGCCAGAUGUACAGUUACAGCUACAACCAGUAUUACCAGCAGUACCAGAACUACUAUGCCCAGUGGGGCUACGACCAGAACACAGGCAGCUACAGCUACAGCUACCCGCAGUAUGGCUACACACAGAGCACCAUGCAGACAUAUGAAGAGGUUGGGGAUGAUGCCCUGGAAGACCCAGCGCCACAGCUGGAUGUGACUGAGGCCAACAAGGAGUUCAUGGAACAAAGUGAGGAACUGUAUGAUGCACUGAUGGACUGUCACUGGCAGCCCCUGGAUACUGUGUCUUCAGAGAUUCCUGCCAUGUUGUAGCCAGGACAUAAGGAUCCAGGCUUUUUUUUUUUUUUUUUUUUUUUUGGUGAAGCUUUUAUCUUUUUGAAAAAUGGUUUACAAGAUUUUAAUAGUUUACUGUUUUCUGAGAUUGUGAGCCACUUCUCCACUUGUUAUUUGUUAUUAUUAAGCCGUAGUGAAAGGCGUGGAAGGGAAUUGUUCUAACAGGAGCUUGGUAGGUCACGUGACAUUUUUUUUUUUUAAUUGAAAAAAAAUUUUUCCGCCUCCUCCCUGCCUCCCAUUUCCCUCCCCCUCCCCCCACUCCUCUUCUCCUCCCUCUCCAGUCCCAGGAGCAGUCAGGGUUCCCUGCCCUGUGGAAAGUCCAAGGUCCUCCCCCCUCCAUCCAGAUCUAGGAAGUUGAACAUCCAAACUGUCUAGGCUCCCACAAAGCCAGAACCUGAAGUAGGAUCAACACCCCGUGCCAUUGUCCUUGGCCUCUUGUCAGCUCUCAUUGUCCGCCAUGUUCAGAGAGUCCAGUUUUAUCCCAUGCUUUUUCAGUCACAGUCCAGCUGGCCUUGGUGAGCUCCCAAUAGAUCGGUCCGACUGUCUCAGUGGGUGGGUGUACCCCUCGUGGUCCUGACUUCGUUGUACAUGUUCUCCCUCCUUCUGUUCCUCAUUAGGACCUUGGGAGCUCAGUCCGGUGCUCCAGUGUGGGUCUCUGUCUCUAUCUCCAUCCAUAGCUAGACAUUUUUAAGACCCUUAGCUGGAGUACUAGAGAAGUGGCUUAGUGGCCAAGAGCACUUACUGUUCUCCCAGAGGACCAAGUUCUGUUUCCAAGUCAGGCAGCUCUUCUACCCUGCAUGAGACUCCAACUGCGAAGAACCCGAACAUCCACUUCUGUAGAUACCCAAACACAUCUAGAUACCGCCCAGAUCAUUAUGGCACAGGCUUGAUGCUUCUGAUUGCUUAUCAGUUUUCCUAGUAAAACAGGUAAUUGUAAACUGCAGUCUCAACCAUGAAUUGGCAGAAUCGAGACUUAAAUCAGCUAGGUAGUCCAACACAGGUUAAAACCUGGUUUUAGAGGCUUUUCUGAUUCUGGGAUGUUUGUAAACAUCUGUUUUUCAGACUGUUUCUGUGUACCUCUACCUGUCCUGGAACU